AUUAUUUUUAUGUCUAUUUGCUUGCGUUCAGAUGACCACUACUAGUAAGGCUCACGUGCUUACGUGGUCAAUUCACAUUGAUGCGCGCGGUCAGAUGUGAUCGCAAUGAUCACUCGAGUCCGGUACUCAGCUGACGGAUCGUUUAGAAGUCGCUGAAUAUCUUUAUGUAGGUAGUGUCGAUGACCCAGCUGUGCUGGUCACGAAUCACAAUCUACGCCCAAUAGCGCAAGCUAUCGUUCAAGUAACAUGACUACUUAUAACUCCUAAGUAGCGCUGAAUACGAAUCGAAGCUCAAUUUCGCUUAUCCUGCUAAUUUGGUCGUGCCAAACCACCACGGAUAAGGGUUCGGUCCCCAUCUUGACCAUCCUUAUCGCAGUCGCCUAGCUUUUAUCUCGUCUCGAACGAUACCAGCAGUCCUAGAACCAUAAAUGAGUUCAGUGCAAUCCAUUCUGCGGUUAGGUGUUGACGUAGGAGGAACAAAUACCGAUGCAGUCCUCCUCGAUCUGUCAGAGGGUUCGCGUCGAGGGCAGGUCCUCGCAUCCGCAAAACACCUCACUACGGCGGACGUCACUCUGGGAAUCCAAAACGCCAUCGAUUCCGUGCUGACACACGCCCAGAGCAAGUCAAAUAUCCAAGCGCUCUGCAUUGGCACGACACACUUUGUGAAUGCGUUGGUGGAAAGAGAUCCUCGGCGUUUGGACAGAGUUGCGGUCAUUCGCCUGUGCGGCCCUUUCACGCAUGGAACCCCACCAUUUGUAGGCUUUCCGUACGAACUGCGAGACCUACUCGAAGGUCCCCACUUCCUGCUCUCGGGGGGCUUGCAGAUUGAUGGAAGUGAGAUUGCUUCUGUUGUCCUUACACAAGUCGAAUCCGCUUGCGAUGAAAUCAAGCGCCAGGGCAUACACGCAGUUGUCGUGUCCUCGGUGUUCGCCCCCAUCGACUUCGAGAUCCAACAGGAGGAAACAGUCGCAGCGAUCGUGCGGAAGCGCGUCCCGGGAAUGGACGUCGUAUGCUCCAAGGACGUUGCCGCUAUCGGGCUGCUGGAGCGCGAAAAUGCGUCUAUCCUGAAUGCCGCAUUGCUGCGAUACGCGAAGAAGACGGUGAUAGGGUUCGAGAAGGCUGCCCAGACACUCGAGCUACAGUGCCCCGUUUUCAUCACGAGCAAUGAUGGCACCUUGCUCAGCUGCGCGCAGGCAGCACGUCUUCCUAUUCGAACAUUCUCGUCCGGCCCAACGAAUUCCAUGCGCGGCGCCGCAUUUUUGGCCUCACUGGAGUCGGGCAUCUCAAAGCAAUCUGCACUGGUAGUUGACAUCGGCGGCACAACGACAGAUAUUGGAAUGUUGUUACCUAGCGGAUUCCCUCGCCAAGCCGCAGCUCAUCACGAGUUCUGUGGAGUUUUGCUGAACUUCUCCAUGCCACAUGUCACCAGCAUUGGCCUCGGCGGGGGUUCCAUCAUCCGGGAGGACCCGGUCACAAAGAAGGUCACUGUUGGUCCUGAUUCUGUUGGCCUUCGGAUCACCUCCGAAUCUCUAGCGUUUGGUGGCUCUACACUGACCGCUACGGACGUGGUUGUUGCAGCAGGUCGCGCUUCAAACAUUGGAGACGAAAGUCUCGUUUCCAAGAUCGACCAGUCGGUCAUCGAAGGUGCUCAAAGUGCUAUUAAGAAGAUGCUUCAGGACUACCUUGAUGUCAUGAAAACGUCUUCCCAGGAUGUCCCAGUCUAUCUGGUCGGCGGAGGGUCUAUCCUUGCUCCGGAUAUUCUCGCAGGCAUCAGCCGGGUUCACAGAUUCCCUCACUUCGAGGUCGCAAACGCCGUUGGUGCUGCCAUUGCCCAGAUAUCAGGCAUCAUUGAUUCCUUCGAAGACACAUCCACGACACCUAUCAUACAGGUUCGCGCUGAUGUGGAAGCCAGGGCUAUCGCUCGAGCAAUUGCUUCCGGUGCGGAUCCACACCGCGUCGCCAUAGUAGAGAGCGAGGUCAUUCCGAUCGCCUAUACCAGCGGACGUUGCCGUUUCUAUGUCAAGGCCGCCGGAGAUUGGAGUGGUGUCGCUAGUCCAAGUCGGACGGAGGUCGAUGAUCCGCUGCGUCUUGAAGCUUCUACCGGAGAGACCGCCUCCCGGCCACAAAUGGUAGCAUCCGCCGCCGCCUCUGCCGUUGUGGCGCCGGUCAUGCGUAGUGCGAGUGACAUUCUGGAGUACAAGCCAAGGAUCGAAGGGAGAGAAUGGCUCUUGUCCGAGAUUGAUCUGGAGUGGAUUGCAGACGGCUGCUAUGUACUGGGAUGCGGCGGCGGCGGGUCCCCACUGCAUACUUUCCUGGAACUCAGAGAGCUCGUAAGGUCAGGUGAAACAGUACGAGUGAUUGACUUUUCGUCAGUUCCGUCCAAUGCAGUGGUUGGAUGGGGUGGAGGCAUGGGUAGUCCAGAAGUGUCCUCUGAAAGGCUACUUGGGAAUGAAUAUCAAGAGGCUAGCGCGGAGUUGUGGUCCUUGAUAGAGAUUUCGAAACCAGAAGCGCUUUGCGCAAUAGAGAUCGGUGGCGCAAAUGGUAUGAUCAACAUGAUUCUGGGGUCGACAAAAUACUCCAAUAUACCCUGUCUAGAUGGGGACUUCAUGGGUCGUGCAUACCCCACUUGGCACCAAACAACGAUCAAUGUCUACGAUGUCAGCGACAAAGGAGCGGAGAUGCUCCCGACCGUCAUAUCGAGUGGAGAUGGGAACAUUGUAAUUAUGACAAAGGCCAAACGUGACAUCGAUGUUGAUGCCUCGUUACGAGCGGCAUGUGUUGAAAUGGGGACCCACGUAGGAAUGGCCAGUCGCCCUCUGAAGGCUGAUUAUGUGGAUAUCGCCAUGAUCAAGAAUACGGUGUCGUUGAGCUGGCGCAUUGGACGGGCCAUAGCACUUGCUCGAAAACAGUCGAGUUUGUCCAGUAUUGGGUCAAUCCUUGUGGACGCUGUAGGCGGCUCCAACUCUGCAAAAGUGUUGUUCAUGGGCAAAAUUUCCGAUGUGAGAAGGCGUGUCUACAAGGGUCAUACGAUUGGAGAAGUCGUUAUUACCGCGCUGGCUGUGGAUGACGAUGUAGAUGAUGAUCCUGAUCAUCCCAUGGAGCGCUUCACCGGCGAACUCACCAUUCCAUUCAAGAACGAGAACCUGUAUGCAGAACAUACUGCGGAUGACGCAAGGACCACUAUGGUCGCGACUGUUCCCGAUCUAAUCGCCGUACUCGAUGCUCAAAAUGGGUCUGCUCUCGGUACGCCUGACUACAAAUACGGGUUGCGGGUUCUCGUGGUCGGAAUCACCGCGGCUCCCCAGUGGACCAGUACUGAACGUGGUAUUGCGCUGGGAGGGCCGAGUGCUUUUGGAUUCACACAUAUUCCGUACAAGCCGCUGGGCAAGUACACACAGCCUCGGUCUGUGAUCGAAGAGUAUGCCUAGUUGACUUCUUGCAGGAUCAAGCACUCGGAUCUGGGGUAAAGCCCCUUAGUCCAUUCUGCUCCCCUUUAACGGGGCGGAUGACACUUGUGCUCCCGACCCAAUGUAUCGAGAUGUUGAUAGGCAGAAUGGUACUAUUUAUUUGUUGAAUGCAUGCACAGAAGAACAUUCUUCUACUCAUGUAGAGGUAACAAACUUAUCUUGCCUCGAAAAUAUAUCCCAGAAGUCUCAAGAGGUCAGCGUGCUGUUCUUCGAGAACGCUGCGCAUUGCACGCGUGUUGCAUCCAGCGAAUCGAAAAUUUCCUUUUACAUGCCGUAACUAGUAAG